AUGAAUUUCUUCACGUGGUUCCUAUACGCCUUGUCGGCUCUAGUCCUCAUCAACGUCGCUGGUGCCAUUCGCACGCGCAUUCACAACAAAGUUGCAGCCCGCAGCCUUGGCUGCUUACCCCCUCCCACCGCCCGCAACCGUGGAUGGGGCGGCUUGAAAACACUGCUGGAGUCCAUCAAAGCGACGCGCGACGAGUGGGGUCCGAUAUGGCUACAUCAAGCCAUCAACGAGGUCGGAGUCGCGGUGCACACCAUCCGUGCGGUGGUUCUAGACUACGAGCUCCUGAUCACGCGAGAUCCAGAGAACGUCAAAGCCAUGUUUGCCUCGCAGGCCGAGGACUUCGACAUCGGGAAGCACCGCCAGAAGACAUUCAAGAGCCUGCUGGGGCACGGGGUCAUGACGAAUCGAGGACAAGCCUGGAAGCACUCCCGCGCACUGGUCCGUGGCCAGUUUGCGAGGUACAAUGUGGCCGACAUGAGUCUUCUGGACACGCACACGGAUGCGUUGUUGAAGCGUUUGGGAACCGAGAUCGACCCGCAAACUGGCUGGACCGGCAAGCUUGACGUGGCCCCACUGUUUUACGCGCUGACUCUCGACAUCUCAACCGAGUUUCUGCUUGGCACGAGCACAUCUGUGCUGGACCCGGAAGCCCGGAGCAAGACCCCGCUGGGCUUGGUUGACGGACACGAGCCCGACCUCGAAGGGUUUGGGAGGCAUCUUGACGGCGCCAAAAAGAUGCUCGAUCGUCGCGGAGCGCUGGCAAAGUACGGCUGGCUGCUGCGAGACAAGCGAUAUCCGAUGCACUGCAAGAAGGUGCAGGACUUUGUCGACUACUUUGUGCACCUACGUCUGGAGCGUAUGGGUGAUGCGGAGAAGUCGGUAGGAAACGUCAACGGGAAGGAGAAGUUCAUCCUCUUGGAUCAUCUGGCUACAGAGACAACUCAUCCUCUGCAUCUACGGAAUGAGCUGCUUAACGUGCUGCACGCCAGUCGCGAUACCACGGCCGCGUUGAUGGGAUGGGUCUUCUACUUCCUCGCGAGACAUGGUCGCGUGUUCGAUCGACUACGGGAGGAUGUGUUGGAAAGGUUCGGCCAACAGGGUGAGAAAGAGCUAACGUUUGAGUCGCUCCACUCGAUGGGUUACAUGCAGUGCGUCAUUAAUGAAACCAUCCGAUCCGUGGGCAUCGUACCUAUCAACGAGCGUAUGGCAAUGCGAGACACAACGCUACCCAGAGGCGGUGGUCUAGACGGGCAGAGUCCCAUAUUCGUGCCAAAGGGACAGCAGGUGCUUAUCCCGACGUAUAGUAUGCAGCAUCGCGAGGACAUCUGGGGCUCAGACGUGGAUGAGUUCCGGCCUGAGCGGUUUGAGAACAGAAAGUCCAGCUGGAGCUUCAUUCCCUUCGGUGGAGGGUCAAGACAGUGCCUUGGUCAGCAAUUCGCCCGUACUGAAGCAAGCUACCUGCUGGUCCGGCUGUUGCAGCGGUUUGAUAAAAUCGAGAACAUGGAAAAAGGCGAUGGGAAGCUGAAAAUGCACCACACCAUCGAGAACCGAAGCGGCACUGGCGUUCAGGUCAGAUUCAGGGUGGCUGAGAACUACCGGUGA